CGUCGACCUUGAUCUCAAGUUAAGCAAUAUAAAAGAAGGUGUCGCUCUGGUUGCUCGAUCGCAGGAUAACUGUUCUCCACACCACCUGGACAAACACUUUGAUAUUAUUUUUUUUGAACGUCGACAUCACACCGUUACACACAUAUCUCGGUCUGCUCGUUCAUUAACCCAAUUCAACCAUCCACCUUAUCCAACCUAAUCAUGUCCUCCCUGACCUACACCAACCCUCCCGGCGCCUCCCAAAACUUCUCAGACGAAAGUCACUUCUCCAUGGCCGUCACCCUGCCCAACGGUAUCAUAAAGUGUUCGGGCCAAGGCGGCUGGGACCCCACCACCGGCGCCCUCGACGCCAACAACAGCGACGAGCAAAUAGCCAUUGCAAUGAAGAACGUGGACCUAGUGUUGAAAGCCGCGGGACUACGUGGCUGGGAAGAUGUGUACCAUUUGAGGAGCUACCACACUGAUAUCCGGUCAAGUUAGGAUCCGCUAGUCAAGGCGCUCAAGGAGAGGAUCCCGGGACAUCGGCCAUGUUGGACGGCGGUUGCGGUGCCGCAUUUGGCGUUUCCGCAGAUGCUGAUCGAGUUGGAGGUUGAGACUAUCAAGCAGGGAUAGAUAGGCUAUCUUGCGCGUGUCUUUUCUUUCGCAAUGUGUGUAUCUGUAGUGUAUGCGGACUAGCUGC